CUGUACACAACAGUAUGCCAGAGCUGAGGUACAGACCACGUUCCCACCAUCAGAAGCCGGCAUAAGUUGACAAUUCAAACUCAACCAGAUGGUGAUACUUGAUGUGUUAAUAAUAGGGGGUGGCCCUCAUGCCUUGACCCUGGCUAGUUUACUAUCCAACCCUGAUCCAAACUCAGACCCUGGACAUGACUUACCACUCUCCACCUCCUGCUCGGACCCUCCGAGGCCUCAACCAAACCUGAAGAAGAGAAAUGCAGCAACUGUCUCUCCAGGCGUGACACUGGAGGAGCAAAUAGCAAAGUCCACAAUAUCGGAGAGGGUCAUUUGCCCCCCGCUGAGUCUCCGAGUGGUAGAUUCCUACGGAGAAUGGACCACUCUGUGGGAGAGCCAGUUCACAGCUCUGAACAUCCCUCAUCUGCGCUCACACACGCUUGUGCACUCAGAUCCUCUCAAUAAGAAAGCACUGCAGGAGUUUGUUUUAAAGUGUGAUCGUUCGGCGGAGCUUCACAGUCUUCCGGACCAGGUUUACAUUCUGGACGAAAAUGCAUUUUUCAAUGACAUGAGGCUUGGAAAGAAGGAGAGGAAACGUCUCAACAUCACUUCAACACUCAAGAAGAGUUUGUCUUUCAGCUUGCCGGGAAGCAAACUGAGUGUGGAUUUCUUUAAAGAUCAGGUGGAGAGAUACAACUUGGACAAAGUUCUGGUAAAGGGAACAGUGGAGAACAUCACACCCAUAUGUGAAAACAAGGAGAAGAUGGAAGACAAUGCUCAGGAAACAGAGAAUGAGGCCAUGACAGUGACUGAAAGGAAGAGAGUGAAAUAUUUUCAAGUCCAAUUUCAGGAAGGAAACAUCCUAAGAGCCCAUCAGGUCAUUAUGGCAACAGGUCCAACCCGUGCCCAGAUGGCAAACAUCCCUUCGUGGGUGAAAAGCAUUGGAGAGAGCUACCCAGAGGAGCGUUUGCAACACACAGUGCACCUCAUGCACCACCUGGCAACUGCUCGACAACAACUUAAAGAUCAUCAGAGACAGAAAGAGACUUUUCCCACUGAAGAACUGUGUGUAGUGUGUGAGGCAGGGCAGAGAGUAAUGGUAGUUGGUGGAGGUCUGACCAGCGCUCAUGUCGUCUCACUUGCCCUGCAGCAAGGUGCCAGCCAUGUGACAUGGGUCAUGAGGAAGUACCUGCAGUUAAAACAGUUUGAUGUGGGCGACGUGGAGACCCUGGUGGGUCGUUACUCCCAUGUGGAACACGGCAUCAAGAUGGACGGCCAAGCCUACCUACGACAGUUCUAUAAUGAACGGAGUCUCCACAGGCGGCUGGCUAUGAUUCGCCAAGCAAGGAAAGGAGGGGCCGUCACACCAGAGGCGUACAUCCACCUACAGCCAUUCAUCCUGAAUGGACAGGUGGACGUGAAGACAUACUGUCAGGUGAGUGAAGCCAGCUGGUGCUACAGAAGCCAGGCCUGGAGUCUUUCCCUCAGCACCGGGAACCACUGGACUGGAGAUAUGAUCUGGCUCGCCACCGGCUGCAAACUUGAUGUCAAACAGGACCCAUUGCUUUCUGAGGUGAUGAAGGAAUUCCCCAUUCAGGUGAUAGACGGUUGGCCGUGCAUAUCAGAAAGCUUACAGUGGGCUGAAGAGUGUCCGCUCUAUCUGAUGGGGCAGUACACAGCUCUUCAGGUGGGACCUCAUGCAGUAAACCUGGCUGGUGGACAGGCUGCCAGCAUGCGAAUCGCCAAAGACAUUGCACGCCGUCAACAACGGGACAAUGGGGACGCUUCUGAACCGAGUGGAGAGAAAUCUAAAACUGAAGAAUAUAUUCAACAGAUGCAAGGCCUGUUAUGGCUUUGACUUUAGCAUUUAGCCCGAAGAAAUGUGUAUGUGAGCAGUCAUCUAUUCUUGAUGAUGAUGAUAGGCCUACACUUCAAUAAAAGCUGUGAAAUGGACUUCUUUUUAGGAACUAUAUCAUUCAAUCUUGGACAGGGCUGGAGCCGAUCCCAGCUGGCACUGGACAAGAGGCGG